AUGCAUGAUCUUGUACAUGAUCUUGCAUUAAGUGUUGUUGGCAGUCAUGAAGUCACGAUUCUGAAGUCUAGUGAAAUGAAAAAUGACAUGUCUCAAAUUCGUCGGCUACGGUUAAUCAUGGAAGGGAAACCACAAGAAGAAGAAUCUGAUGUAUUAAAAAAUGCAACAAGAUUGCGGACAAUUCUUUUCGAAGAAAGAGGUUUUGUUUUCCCGGGUGCACUCAAUAACAAGCGUCUUCGUGUAGUGCAUCAGAUGGAUGUUACUGCUGUGUCCAUUCCGAAAACUAUAUCUUCCACUUUGAAGUUUAAACAUAUGAGGUACCUUGAUCUCAGUUAUUCUAAUCUUGAAGAUAUUCAUGCCGUGCCCAUUCAUCAACUCUACAAUCUGCAAACUCUCAGCCUUUAUGGAUCCAAAAAUGUUCAAAAUAUUCUCAAUGGAAUUGGCUCUUUGAUUAAUUUGCGAUAUCUAAAUCUCUCUUGUUCAGACGCCACCGUUUUACCUGAUUCCGUUACGACACUAACCAGCUUGAAGUCUUUAAAUAUCUAUAAUUGUGAGGGGAUUACUGUCUUGCCCACAAAUAUUGGGCAUCUCCAGAGUCUAUCGUUCCUUGGUAUUUCAUUCACAAAAAUCUCAGAGUUACCCGAUUCAGUCUGUCUCCUCUACAAUUUAAGGGAGUUCUACUUUAACCGUUGUUCUCAAUUAAAAGCACUGCCUCGUGACUUUGGAGCUCUGACACAACUAAGGUUACUUGAUUUGUUUCGUACUGAAAUAACAGAAUUGCCCGAGUCUCUGACUAGCAGCAUCUGUAAGUUAGAGAGGGUGUUCCUUUGGGGAAAUUGUAAGUUUCCCGGAGACAUUUAG